CAAAUAUUCAUUGGCAAAACUCGAAGGAGGAAUAAACUUAUCAUAUUUUUAUACCUCGACAAAACUAUGGCUGAACAUGAGCAUUCCAAUCCCGACUUCGACGACGAGGAAGAUGCCCACCAUGACCACCAUGUACAUUUUCCAGAUAAUGUUGGUUUAAAUACUGAAAUCCAAGUUAGCAAAAGGGGCAAAUCAGGAGUGGARGUUCACCUUGGGUUUCUACAAUACAAACACAAAUAUGAAAUACAAUGUGUUCUACCGGUAGCUGAAAAUGCCAUAGUUACUCAUAGCACUAAGAGUCCUUUUCUUUGCAUUUGUGAAGUAAAAUCACUUGAUGAYGGCAAAGGCCAGGAAGUCACRUUGCAAUUAGACRGCCACAAAGAAGGAUUAUUAACAGACAAGUUCAGUCUAAAGAAUGAAGCCAAAGGGGAGGAAUACCACAUUACUCUUAAAGCAAGAGUUCUAGGUCCUAAAAAAGGCACCCCAAUGCUGAAAGAAAAUAUAAAAUGCAUAGCAAUAGAAAAAGAUGAGGAGAGAGAUGAUAGUGACUGGCAAGGAUUCGACUGAUAUUCUUAAAAAACUAUUAUAAAACUACUAUAGAAAUUGAAUAUUCCAGGUGAUCUGAAUAACUAAAUGUAAUUAGAUAUUAAAAAAUUGCCCUAAAAUUUUGGCAUUUAUUUCAAGACAUUUUGGUGCCACUGAUAAAGAAACAUGCCAUUAAUAAAGAAAAUGUGGGCGGCAUUCCUUGACUGUAUCAAAAAUCUCUAAUUGUYGUGUAGUACUGUACAAAAAUUGUAUAAACUUUAAUUAUUAUUCUCAGUAGUAUUUUGCUGUUUAUAUGCUAUAUUAUCGUUUGAACAAAAACAUAAAAUUGUUUUAAGGAAAGUCUAGGAUUAUGUAUUAAUGAUUGCAUAUUCAAAAAUAUGUAUAUCAAUAGAUCUCAUUCCUUGAGCAUGCUUUAUCAUUUCAGACCAUGCAUCAUCACCUUGAGUAUUAUUUCUUUCUUUAAUGGUUAUAUAACUCAAAGAACCAUAUUUUCAAGAGAAUGACGCAUGGUCUGAAAUGUGAAAUCACUAAUAUGCACAAUUGAAAAUCUCUUAUUGAUAGCCAGGACUCAUCACGAGGGAGAGGGAGGGGGCCGGAGUUGGAAAGAGUUCAGUUUUAAGAGUUCACUUAAAAGUGGUUGAAAACUAUGGACUAUCCUUUCUUACCAUGAAUAUGAAAUAUUCUGGGCACCCCUUUCCUUACUUACGUAGACCAGUCAUUAAAUACCUUCCUGUAUAAAUCAGUUUUAAAUAAACUUUGCUUAAUAUAAACUAUAGUUUUGAAAUUUUGAUCUUUACUCAGUGUAUCGAAAUAUAAAUGUAUUAUCUAACAUGCCUAUGAGAAUUAUUUUGAUUUUCCACAGAAUAAAAGCAAAGAUGUGGCGUCUUAAA